UCAAGGAAAAAGACUAUGUAGUAAUUCGUGGAACAGUAAGAAGAAGGUUUAACUCAACAAAGGAAGAACAAAUCAAUUUAGCGUGACAAGUGUCAAAUAUCUCAAGGGGACAUCUACCCUUUUGUGGAAUCUACACCUGCGAACUAGUCACCGAGAUAAUUCUGCCCUGUCUUAACACCGAUUCAAUGAUGAGUCAUUAAAAGAUAAGGUCCAAAGAAAGAUGUUCAGCUUCUGGGUUCUGCUGCAGAUAGUCCCCCUGUUCCUGACAGUUUUCAAAACUUGCAUUCAAGCCCAAGCUCCAUCAACUUGCCCUUACGAUACGACAUUUGAUUUUGAGAGUGCUGCGCAGUUAGGAUGCUUUCGGACUAUUGCCUCGCCAUCGACUGGAACGAUUAGCCGCUCUAACGAUAAAAAGACUGUGAAAUACGGAUCAUCAUCUCUGAAAUGGGAAACCACUGGCGCUUCAAAGUUGCAGUUAAAAUCGUCAACCUUUACCAUUCCUAACAGUUGUCUUAGAAACGGUGGCGUGAAAGUCUGGAUCUACAAAGAAUCGAUGUCAGGAAAAACACUGCAAGUGGAAUUCAAAUAUUCUUCAAACACUGUUGGAAGCUUUACCGCAAAUGACUUUGUAGGAUGGCGUGGGAUUUGGGUCGAGUUUAAAGAAUGCAGGACAGCGGAUGAUAGCUUAGAUAGCCCAACUGCUAUCGAUGAAGUCAAUUUUAUCGGAAACGGAGCUCAAACUAUUUUUAUAGACAAGCUCGAGUUUAAGUGUAGUAUUGGAAAGCAGUCAAGGGACAAAGUUGUUCCCCCAAUUAGUCCGUUCGGUUUGAAUUGGUAUGACAAAACAGAUUUUUGGCAACAGACCUAUCGGUGGAGUCAGCAAACAAUCCCUGCGUCACCUAGUGCUAUUGAUGCAAGAAAAAGAAACCAUUUGGAUCAUAUCAAAAGCCGGCUAAAGAACUGGUAUUCGGAUGAGACUGUAACGUCACCUAAUUACCCCAGUGGAAGCCCUCUGGAAAAACGAUGGAAGAACCUUGUAAAAACAUUCAAGAGAGCACAUGAUGAGUAUGAUGCUUUAACCUUUGAUCCAGCAACUGGAGAGAUCGUGGGACCUCCCUUGUUUUGCAGAAAUUGUGAACCUGAUGAUAAGUUCGGAGAUAUCAUGGUUAAAUAUCUUCUACCAUUAGCACUAGAAUACCAUCUAAGCUCACGUGCAAACGAGAUUACAGCCGUUGCCACAGAACAGCGGUCAAAGUUAAACAAUGCAGGUAAGAGAGCAAGAGCGAUAGAGACCAUUGCAGGAAAGAACGUUAACAUGAAGGCAUUUUUUGAAUUGUACCUGCCUAGCUCUUCUACGCUGACUGUGGAUCAAAUUACGGCUGCAAUAGAGACCCUUAACCGCCAUCGGCUGAGUAGGAUAAACAACCUUCUUGAUUUCGUAAAAGAUCAGGGAUUUAGAGAUGGCAGUGGUUUGGGAUCCCUUGACCAUGAAAUGAACCUUGAUGGUGCUGGGUUUAUGCACUCUCUGUUUCUCCUCAGUGACUCGCUGAGUAAUCCUCUGAACAAAAGCAGAUUACUGGAUUUGAUAGCGUCAGCAAAAUGGUACAACGACUUUGGUGAGAUCUACCAAACGCCAUCUUUUGAAUUUAAAGGAACAACUGCUGACCGUAUGAUCACGCUUAUGCUGUAUAGACUUAUCAUUGUACUUGUGAUGCCCACUGAUACGGAUGAUGAAAUCAAAGCUAAAAUCCGUGACAUGGAUGCCUUAAAUCGGUGGCAGAAUAAUGCGUUAUCUAUCAACGAAGGUCUUGGAGGAUUAAUAAAACCAGACUACUUGGUGUAUCACCACAAAUCGUUUUAUGGAUCAGCCUACGGUCCACCGGCCCUUCAUAAUGCAGCUCUAGUUCAAUAUCUUCUGGGAGGAACUGAGUACGCCUUAUCUUCAACAAGUGUGAACCAUAUCAAAGGAGGACUAGAGGCACUGCGACUCAUGGCAGUCAAGUACUCCACUCCACCCAGUGUAAGUGGACGUUACCCGGAAUACUCGAACAUGGCUCUUGUGAAGAAUCUACCUGCCUAUGCAUACAUCAGCGUGACUUAUCCAGCUACUUUACCGACUUCAGUGCCAACAGGAGUAAGUGUAAGUAGUUUCAGUAAUCCAGAAUGGUUCCUGCGGUUAUACAAUGACUCAUCUGUCAACAGUUAUCUGGAAGAUGGAGCACCAACCAAAAAAAAGUACUAUUUUAACAGUCUGGGAUCCCUGCAAAUAAUGGAAGCAGUUAAUUCCACUGCCGUAUCACAAGGCAACUCGCAAGAGCAGUCCCCUGAAGGUCAUUGGUCUAAGAACUUCGCCGCUCUUUCUGUACAUCGACGUAAGAACUGGGCAGUGACUGUAAAAGGUUUCAAUAACUUUGUCUGGGACUAUGAAACUUCAGCGGACGAAAAUGUGCUUGGUUUAUUUGCCAGUCAUGGUGCCGUCCUUAUCGCAAAUAAUGAAACAGCUCUUCAGCAUCACGAUAUUGAAAACGGUUGGGAUUGGUCUAAAAUUCCUGGGGCUACUACCAUUGCCCUGGGGAAUCCAAACAUAGAUGACUUGAAUAUAGGCAGAACAGGGAGAUUUUACAAUAAACGCAAAUUUGCAGGAGGACUCACUUUUAAGGGGACGAUGACCUCGAAGAACGGACUGUUUGGCAUGAAUUUUGAUCAACCGGGAUACGACGUAUCAGACUGGCGAGGGAACAUCGGAUUUAAAUUCAAAAAGUCAGUGUUCAUGUUUGAAAACCUUUUAGUUGGCUUAGGAAGUAACAUUGAACUUCGAAGAAAUAACAGGAAAAUCGCUCAAACAUCAUUAUUUCAAGACAAGCUUUCAUCUUCGUCUUUCAUCAAAGUUGACGGAUCACAAAAGAUCGCUUCGGCUGAUUACGACCACAGCCCAUCGUCAUCCUCAAGCACUACUCUCACAGACGCAAAAGGAAACUUCUAUUACAUACCCAUGAACAGUAGUCCAAUAUUAAAGGUCACCGUUGCAACGCAGACAUCCAAAAAAGAUGAUGGAAAAAGUAGCACAUCCGGAAGAUAUGGUACGGCGUGGUUUCAACAUAGCUCGGCUAACCCUAGCUACGAGUAUGCUGUCUUGAUACCGACUGCAUCGCAUCAUGCAGAGCUUAGUGACCUACAAACGGCCCAAGACAAUGCGAACAGCGAGGUCUACAAAGUCUUGAGGAAGAAUGCUCGUGCACACGUUGUCCAAUUUCUCAAAUCACCCAAGUCGUGGUCAACCCUCAGUCAUCCUGUUACAAGUUACGUCAUGUUUAGAAGUGAGAGUGCUUUGCCAGAUGAGGGGCCAAUAACGGCAGUGAGCUCCGGAGAUUGCCUUAUAAUGGUGGAGGAAACGACUCAUUUCAUCCAUCUCGCGAUAACAUAUCCCGACCUAGCCUUGAGUGGUGCAGGUUCUCUAACAAAUUCAAAAGAUGUGGGAGAAAGUUUGCUGUACACCUCUGCAAGUACAGAAAAGAGUGUAUCAGUAACGCUCAGGAAUCUGGUACAAACAACUGUUGCCGAAACACAAGUCCAUGGCACACCUGAAAAUUACACGCCCAACGUGGAAAUCAGUGGCCAAACUGUCCGCUUUAGAAAUCUGAAAAAUGGGUUCAGCGUCGAAGUGAAAUUAACGAGGAUAAUAUCCUAAGAUUUAUUUGGAAAUUUCUCGGCCGCCAAAAUGUCCGGUUCAGGGUACAGCCUGUCUCAGUCAUACCUAUCACUAGGCUUACUCGAGCUCGCAGAGUAGCUAAAAAUUCUUAAAUAUUUGUCAUUGGUGUAAUCAAUUGAUAU